AUGAAGAAAGGGAGAAGAAAGGGUGAAGCAAAACAAGUAAAAAGAAAAAAUUAAAGUAAUUUUUUUAAAUAUAAUAAAUAGGAUUAAGAAUUAUACAAUGUUGACAAAUUGUCAAAUUCAGAAGCAAUGUUGAAUAAAAAAUAUAACAUUCAAAAUAGAGUUUAUGAUAUUCUCAUAUGUACUGAUGUAAAACUUAUGGAUUUUUAGAAAUUGAGGGAAGAUUAGUUGAAAACUUUAAGAUAAUUAUAUGAUGUAUUAAUGAUGGAUCCACCUAGGUAAUUGUCAAGUUCAUAACCAUCAAGAGGAGUUGCAAUUGCUUAUUAAUUCAUGACUGAUGAAAAUAUUAGAAAAAUGCCCAUAGAAACAUUGUAGGAAAAUGGUAUUAUUUUAAUAUGGAAGAUUAAUACUAAAUAUAAGGUAACAUGUAAAUAAAUUGAACAAUGGGGUUAUAAUGUAAUUGAUGAAAUAAAAUGGUGUAAGAAGACUGUGAAUUGGAAGAUUGCUAAAGGCCAUGGGUUUUACUUAUAACAUGCGAAAGAAAAUUGGCAUAAAAGGUAAUCUAAAUUUGAUCCAAACAGAUUAAGAUAAGAUGUCACAAAAGAGGUUAAAGUCAGAAACCAGAAGAAAUAUAUUGAUAUUUUGAACAACUAGUUCCAAAUAGUAAUAUAACAUUAUUUUAAAGGCUAUUAUUUGUAGAUAAUUGGGAGAAGAAAUAAUGUUAGAGAGAAUAGGUAAAUGAUAGGAAAUGAAUUAUGA